GAAAAGAAUGAGCAGAAAGAGAAGGCUUUUUGGUUUCUUUUUCUUGUAUUUGAACGAAUAAUAAAAACGCUCCUUUGACACCGAUGCUUAUAGCAAAUCUAUUCUAUCUCUUUUUUUUCUUUUCUUUUUUGGGUGAGGUUUCCCCAGGGUUUUUCUUUUGAUCUUCUCGAGGGUUCACACUUGUUGUUCACACCAUCUCCAUAUAAAUCUUAGCUGCCUUUUCUCUCUCCAUCUUGUCUUCUCUUCGGUUUCUUUUCGAAUCGAUAAUCUUUUGGUGGGUGCAAAAGAAAGACUUAAUAAUCUUGUGGCUUUGUGUGGUUCGCUUGUGGUAGUUGGUAUGGAGGGACACCAUCACCAUCAUCACCAUCAUCAUCCUCAGCAGCAGCAGCAGCAUCAUCAGCAACAGCCUAUCAGUGUUAACGUUGAUGCUGAUAGAUUUCCUCAAUGGAGUAUUCAGGAGACGAAUGAGUUUUUGAUGAUCAGAGCCGAGCUGGAUCGAAGUUUCAUGGAGACCAAGAGGAACAAGCUGCUUUGGGAAGUUAUCUCUACGAGGAUGAGGGAAAAGGGUUAUAAUCGAAGCGCUGAACAGUGCAAGUGCAAGUGGAAAAACCUCGUUACUCGAUACAAGGGAUGUGAAACGAUGGAAGCAGAAGCUGUGCGGCAACAAUUCCCAUUUUACAAUGAGUUGCAGGCCAUAUUCUCAGCAAGGAUGCCAAGUAUUCUAUGGUCAGAAGGUGAAGGAGGAGCGACAGGGUCGAAGAAGAAGGCGAUGCAGCUAUCUUCAGAUGAGGAAGAAGAUAUGGAGGAAAACGAGAUAGAUAAGGGAAGCAUUAGGAAAAAGAAAAAAGGCAAAACUGGUGCAGGUAUGGGUGGGGCUACAAGCGGAAGCAGCAAUAAAAAUAAUAAUAUAAAGGAGAUUUUAGGGGAUUUCAUGAGGCAACAGAUGCAGAUGGAAAUGCAAUGGAGAGAAGCGUUCGAGGCAAGGGAAAACGACAGGCGGCUGAAAGAGAUGGAAUGGAGACAGACCAUGGAAGCUUUGGAGAACGAAAGGAUAAUGAUGGAUAGAAGAUGGAGAGAAAGGGAAGAGCAAAGAAGAAUGAGAGAAGAAGCUAGGGCUGAGAAGAGAGACGCUCUCAUCACAGCACUGUUAAACAAGCUCAGAAGAGAAAAUCACAUGUAGUGAAGGGUCAGCUACCGAUCAGGAGGGGUCACUUGUUUAUUUUUCAUGUUUUUGGAGAAGAGGAAGCUUUGUUUGAGAUCAGGUUUGUCCUAGAACUCUCAUUCUAUAUAUGAGAUCAAUAUGUUUUUUAGUUCUAUGGAUUUCUCUCCUUCUGUUUUGCCAACUGACGCUUGAUCUUAUGCUAGUAAGAGAGAGCUUCCAUUUUCUUAGUUUUAUAUUGUUAUUUUCUUCUUCAUUGCCAUUGAUCUGUUAAUCAUUAAGAGGUGGCCAUGAAAGCAAAUUUCAAAAGCACCAUGAAUAAAAAGCUCCAAGGUCUUUAGAUAUUUUAGGUGGUAGUUUAUAAAGAAAUUAAACAAUCUACACAGCAACUGCUCCACAAAUGAUAGUGUUCGAGAUAAUGCUAAGCAAAGUAAAUAUUCAUAGUGGAUACUGUCGAAAAUGGUCUAUUCUUGCUAAUGCCUCUCAACUUCUUCAAAGUGUCGUAUCUUUCACUUGCAUACAUAGUCCAAUCUCUUCAUAAAUAUCCCUGGUAUGCAGGUUUAGUGCUAUCAAUUACACAUUCGUGAUCGCAGUUGUGGGAGCUUCAAUCCCACAAGUUUAAAAUGUAAACGUGUUAGCAGCUAUUUUUUUUUUUUUUACAACAACAAUUUGGGUUUUUGGUUUCCACUAAUCCUAAAGUUGUUUGAAGACAUUAUUCUUUUCUUGCUUUACAAUACUAGGACCGAAUGACCCAGAGUGAUGGUGUCAAAACAAAAUGGUCCAUUCUUGCUAUUGCCUCCCAACUUCUUGAAAGUGUCGUAUCUUUCGCUUGCAUACAUAGUCCAAUCUCUUCAUAAAUAUCCCUGGUAUGCAUGUCUACUGCUACUCAUUACACAUUCAUGAACGCAUUUGUGGGAGCUUCAAUCCCACAAGUUUAAAAUGUUAAAUGUGUUAGCAGCUACUGUAUUUUUUUUAUAAUAAGAAUUUGGGUUUUUGGUUUCCAUUGAUCCUAAAGUUGUUUGAAGACAUUAUUAUUUUCCUGCUUUACAAUACUAGGACCGAAUGACCCAGAGUGAUGGUGUCAAAACAUGUGUUUGACUUUACCGGAUUAGACCUCCCUUGUGUGUUCAUGCAUUUUCUAAUGAGCGAGGUAGGUAAACUAAUGAGUGAUAAAGAAGGCUACAAUAUGUGAGCCAUACUCCCCAAAAUGAUUUCCCUCCAUGGAAAACUUAAACAGUCAAAAUAUGUCAAGGCGAUAGUUGAAAGGUUUCUAUCUUGAUAUAAGAGUGGGUUAAGGUCAAACAGGUCUAGCUGAUGAUUUUUAAGAUGUUUAAGCAAGACUAAUUAUUCCUGCAUUUUUAGUUUAGUACCAAAUACCUUGCUCAAGCUAUGAACAUAGAUUUUGUUUAUUUGUUAGUCUAUAUACUAGUAAUCAUUUGAAUGUAAUAUGCAUGGAUUUAUUUUUUAUAUAACAAAAUAAUUGACAAUAGUAUGUAUACAUGUGGAUUGUUCAUGAGCCCCUUUUUUAUUUAUGUUCAUACUUGUUAAAAACAAGUCAUUGUCUAACUGAUUGUAUUUGUCUCAUUGUAAGUGGAGUUUGAGUGGCUUGCAAUGGGAGUUUUCCUUGUUCAUUUAUAUUUGUCACUAUGAGAAUAAUUCAAGAUGAAUUAUUUCUUAUACUCAUAUAUAUUAUGUGAUAUUUGAACCUAAUUUAACUUUAUCUUUAUUAUGUAUAUAAAUAUGGAUUAAGCAUAUUUCUUUACAUUCAAUUAAAAGGUGUUUUGGGGUAUGAUCAUGACUAUGUUAUUUAUGUAAAUUUGCAUGCACAAAAAUCUAGCCAACUCAUUUAAAAUUCAUUAAUUAAAAGAACUUUCGAAUAGCCAUUAAUUAUAAUUGAGUUUAAUUAACUUUAGGAUUUCACUUUUUAAGGUGUUAAUAUAUAUUUUGUGUUAGUGGUAAGAUCACGAUAACAUAUGGAUAAGCGUUGGGUUCAUUUCUAGCACCUUCAAACAUGAAAAAAAAAAAAACAUCAUGGGAACUAGUAACAAGAAUUCCAUGGAGUAUUGAAAACAUAUUUACGAUAAAAUUUAUAAAAAAAAAAAAUUAUAUUUGAUGCAUAUUAUACACUAUUAGUGCACUACUUUUUUUUUAUGAAGACAGUGAAUUAUUGUUAGACCGUCAUGAUUUCUGUUUGUCAAGUGGUGUACGAUCAAUCCAGUGUAAGUAGCUGCAUUUGUUGUGCUGACCCAAGUGUUUUUUUUUUUUUUUUUCAUGUAUCAAGACUGAUGUUCAUCCAUGCUCAAAACGAUUUUACAUAUAAAUUAAUUGAAAAUUUUUGUCUUAUCAAAAAUAGAAUAAUUUAUUUUCUCAUACUUUAUUAAGAUAAUUGUUUCAUUACAUGCAAGCUGCUAAAUACAUAUUUUUAUAUUAUUGUUUUUUGUGAUAGUGACAAGUAGGGACUCAUGGAUUUAUUCUUACUUGAGUUUAUUAGGAUUGAGUUUUGAUUUCUAAGGUUAAAGAUAUAGUUACAACUUUCAUUUCUUACCUAUUCUUACUUUAUAAUAUGAUAUGAUAUGUGAUAUCGUAUUUAAAUUUAAAUACGUAGAGAAUAUGAUCAAGUAAAGAAAACUAGCUGAUUAAAAAGAAAUCUAACAUCAAUUAGUUGAUUAUUUAUACGGAUUGAUGUACGUUAUUGUCACUAUAUCAUUGAAAAUGUUUAGUACUAUAUGAAAAAGUGUGAAAGCUAGCUAGCAAUGAGUCUUCACGUGAUUGCAACACAUAUUUGUCUGCUAGAGUUUGCUUUUCAUAUCUCAUAGCACUUGUGCUCUCUCUUAUUGUUUGCAAGUGAUUCAAGUAAUUAAUAUUUUGCUGACUCCAGAUUUCAUAAGUUAUGGCUUUUUCUCGACAAUAUUGUUUUCAAGUUUAUAGUAGCAUUGAUUGCUGCAUCUUCCAAAUCCAUAUGCACUAAUAAUGAUAGUUUCUCCUUUAUUUUCCCAUGAACUUUGGCAAUAUUAUUUCUUGUACUGACAUCAUUUCAUUUUUUUCCAGUUUGCAACUUUACAAACUACCCUCCUUGCCAUUGACUCUUAUGCUCUGUCUGCAAAAAUAUGCCUGAACUGGUUCCAUUUUUGUAUGGUGAUGUUGGCUUUUCACCAUCACACCCCGAUGUCUUGUUUAGGCAAUCGACGGCAAAUAAUUGUACUGUAUGUUUUUUAUUAUCUUUAGAUAUGAUUUGAUUUUCAAAUAGUUUCACAUAUUAUCUUUGCCGGUUGGAUAUUGGAGACAACCAAGCUUCCAAGAAUUUCACCAUGUAAUCCAUCAAUAUAUGUGAGACAUCUGAAAACAUACAAAAAGAGAAAAAAAAAGAAAAACCUUCAUAUUUGCAGGACAGCUAACGUCAUUACCGUGUUAAUUCACCGACGUAUAUAUACAUAUAUAUAUAUAUAUAUAUGGUAUGUUGUGCCAGCUGGAUUUAUGAUUCGUACGUGGAAAACUUUGCAAAUUGUGGCAAUAAUUUUUCAUUUAGGUUUAGAUUUGGCUUCUCAUCUAACUUAAUUCACUUCUUUUUCUUUUUUUUUUCUUUUCUCUCCCUUGAUUGCUAAUGGUGGUCCAAUGAUAAAUUGCAUGUCUGUAUUAUUUUGGCAUCAAAUAUGAGCCAAAGCAAUAAAAAAUAUACAUAUUUCACGAUUUAGUUAUUA